AUGUGUGAAGUAAAGGGAUGGUACAAGGUCUGCCCCAGGUGUAUGGAUUUCGCUGUGGGGAUGAGGGAGGUCACCUACUAUUGCUCUUACGCUGAGAAGCAUGAUAUCGAGCCAGUGCAUUGCCCGCGCAAGUACAACUAUCCCUGGGCGAGCUUUAUAAAGCCAGAACCUGUCUGCGGCAAGUGUCUCGAGAAGGAGAAGGAAGAGAAGGAGAGCGAAGCUGCCAGCAACAACGCCGUUUGUUAUUUAAUUGACCUUGUUCAUUGUUGCAACUUUGUCCAGCUGACCAUUCAAGGCCCGUUUGCUGUUGGUGAAUUUCAAACUCGUUCCAUUCUGUUCAUCUCAGAACACUUACUAUAUCUUCAAGCCCGUUUCUGGACUCUCAACUUUUGUUAUCACCAUUACCACGGAACUCGACAGAAGCAACCCAGCAACAAUGAGACGGCAAAGUUCCUUCCGGACUGCGAUGGCUGCGGCACCUACGGACGAGGCGCCUGCAACGACGGUGUGACGCUGGCCCUGCAGCCUCAUGCGGACGAGCAUAAGCGUACUUUUGUCUGCGAGUCUUGCGAGGCGCAAAAGGUUCGUCUCAAGGUGGCUCAGUGGCUGUCUUGGGCUCAAUUCUGGGAGAAGUAG